CGCAUCAACGGAGCAAGCGUUUGUGUUUAUCUGUGCAUGCAUAGACCUGGAGCACAGGUGUGCGGAACCAGCUCAGCCAUGACAUUCCUCCGCAGGUUGCAAUGGAACGACUCCUCCGUUCUAAUCCACCCCCCAGGGUUCUACAUCAUCGGCUUCACCUCCAUGCCCUUCGCCAACCUCUACUUCAUCUUCCUUGCUUUCGUUUACGUGGUGUCGGUCGUGUUCAACACAUUUUUGAUCUAUAUAAUAACGCUGGAUCUUCGCCUCCACAACCCCAAGUUUAUGGCGGUUGGUAACCUUGCGGUGGUUGAUCUGGUGCUGAAUACUUGCAUUAUUCCCGGUAUGCUAAAGGCGUUUCUUGCCAAGAACAAUUUUGUGCCGUUUAAUCUGUGUAUGGUACAGAUGUAUGUGUAUUAUUCCUUCAUAAGUAUGGAAUCGUUCUCCAUCGCCGUGCUCGCCUAUGACCGUAUGAUUGCCAUAUGUUUCCCUCUGAGGCACGGCUCCAUCAACACCAUGACGAGUAUGUCGUGUAUUCUUGGUGUCAUCUGGUGCUUCUGUCUUGGUAUACCGAUAUUCAGCACAUCCAUUAUGACCAGGUUGUCCUACUGCGAUUCCGUUAAUGUCUACAGCUAUUUCUGUGAUUACGCACCAGUGUUUCGGCUGGCAUGUAACGACAACAGCCUGCAAUGGGCUGUGGCUUCAGUUCUGAGCCUGGUUAUUCUCCUCGGCCCGCUGUCCUUCAUCAUUCUGUCAUACAUGAGUAUUCUAAUCGCUGUGUUCAGGAUGAAAAGCGUUGAGAGUCGUGUGAAAGUGCUGGCCACCUGCACUGAGCACCUCAUUCUAGUGGCGGUAUUCUUCUUUCCGGUUCUGACUAUUUUCAUGGUCGGGUUAUUAGCGCGCAUCAAACCAGACCCUGACCUGCGCGUACUGAGCCUGUCGCUGGCCUCGUGCAUCCCGCCCUGUCUCAACCCCAUCGUCUACUCUCUGAAAACUAAAGAGAUCAAGAGCAAAGUGCUCACCAUGUUCAGGAGAAUUAAAGUUCAAGUAGUUAAGGGUUGAUCUUUACGCAUAGGUUGCUACAUAGGUUGCUACAUAGGUUGGUACAUAGGUUGCUACAUAGGUUGCUACAUAGGUUGCUACAUAGGUUGCUACAUAGGUUGCUACAUAGGUUGCUACAUAGGUUGCUACAUAGGUUGCUACGUGUGUGAAGUUACCAUCAAAUCAAAUCAAAUGUAUUGGGCUGUCCAUAUCAAGGGGUUGAAAUGGGGGGACAUGCAUAUAACUCAUACAAAACUUAUUUUGUCCUUUCGAAGUUUACAUGUCAAGCACUUGGCGUAUCAUUGCUUACAUUUGAGUUUAUAAUGAGUGAGCAACAUUUUGAAUCUAUCAUCCGUUUUACUCUAAACAUUUUCAUUGAUUGUCAUGAUUGUGUCAUUGUUGUCCAUCUGAUGAAGAAGGCCCAUCCACACGCACUCCCCCUUGUUAAACACAGAGGUAUUACAGAAAUUAUUAUCAAUGAUUUACAUUUCAUUUUCAGCUUUUCUACACAUUCUGAAAUAAUAACACAUUUCCUAAUCCUAUGUCAUCAACCAAAUGUAAUCACUUGAAAUGGGCAUGGUAGGCUCUAUAACCGACUGAAUAUUCCCAACAUCUUCUAGUAAUAAAGCAGAAAAUCAAACACAUACUGUAUCUCUGUAAUGUUUUCUUUUCUGAGUGCUUAUCAAGGUUUAAUAAGUCUACCUGAUUGAUCCUGUUCUUUUUAUCAAUAUGUCCUCAAUAUUUUUUGCUAUGUUUUAACCC